UUUCUGACAGUCGUACUUCACGGCGACUGUUUCCUCUUCCAUUCAACGCUCCUUCGUCCUUCUUCUUCUUCCUACAACUCACACAACCCGCCAACAAAAAUCCCACUCCCCUCAAACCAACCAUACCCCCACCCCUUUACAACUCACACAACCCGCCAACAACCCGACUUAGCCCAUUAAUUUCACACCCCUUCCCUUCAUUUCCUUCAUUUCCUCCAUUCCUCAUCCCUCUCUGAUUUUUUACUUUACAACACACCAAUGGGGGGUUCUGCGAUCUGGUCCUCCUGUGUCGUUGCCCUUCUUCUCCAAUCAUGUCUACUCAUCACUCCCACUUCUGCCAAAAAGACUUACUUAGUCCAAAUGAAACACCACCAAAAGCCUCCGUCUUACUCUACUCAUACCGACUGGUACAGCGACCGCCUUCAGUCCCUCACAUCCUCCUCCCACCCUGACUCUAUAGUAUAUUCCUACACCACCGCUUACCAUGGUUUUGCUGCCUCAUUGGACCCCGAGGAGGCCGACUCUCUCCGUCAAUCCGAUGAGGUCCUCGGGGUCUACGAGGAUGCAGUUUACCAACUCCACACCACCCGCAGCCCAGAAUUCCUCGGCUUGGAUUCUGAACUCGGCUUGUGGGCUGGCCACACCCCGCAAGAACGCAACCAGGCCUCCCAGGACGUCAUCGUUGGCGUCCUGGACACCGGCGUAUGGCCCGAGUCCAAGAGCUUUUCUGACGCGGGCCUGCCGGAUGUCCCAUCCAGAUGGCGAGGCCAGUGUGAGAGUGCCGUGGAUUUCAAUCCAAAAGUACACUGCAACAAGAAACUAAUAGGUGCAAGGUUCUUCUCCAGGGGCUACCACAUGGCCGCUGGGGAAAAACCGUCGAGAGAAACCGAAUCCCCUCGCGACCACGACGGUCACGGUACUCAUACAUCGUCCACUGCUGCUGGCUCUGCUGUAGGUAAUGCUAGCCUUCUCGGCUACGCCAGCGGAACUGCCCGAGGCAUGGCGGUACACGCCCGGGUGGCCACUUACAAGGUUUGCUGGACAUCUGGAUGUUUUGGUUCUGAUAUUCUUGCAGGAAUGGAACAUGCGAUUUUGGAUGGGGUUGAUGUGCUCUCCCUAUCACUAGGUGGCGGCUCUGGGCCUUACUAUCGGGAUACGAUUGCAAUAGGAGCAUUUUCUGCUAUGGAGAAGGGCAUACUUGUGUCUUGCUCAGCGGGCAAUAGCGGCCCAGCUAAGGCAUCGUUGGCUAAUUUGGCUCCUUGGAUAAUGACGGUUGGAGCCGGAACCAUAGACAGAGAUUUCCCAGCUUAUGCUGUACUCGGGAGUGGCCAGAAAUUUGCAGGCGUUUCGUUGUAUAGUGGGAAAGGGAUGGGGAGAAAAUCUGUGGGUUUGGUCUACAACAGGGGUAACAAUGUCUCGAGCAAUUUAUGCAUGCCGGGUUCACUCGAUCCCAGCCAAGUGACUGGAAAAGUUGUCUUGUGUGAUAGAGGUGUUAACGCAAGGGUGGAGAAGGGUGGGGUGGUGAGGGAUGCUGGUGGGAUCGGGAUGAUAUUAGCUAAUACGGAGGCUAGUGGGGAGGAGCUGGUGGCGGAUAGUCAUCUGUUGCCGGCUGUGGCGGUGGGGAGGAAGGUUGGUGAUGUUAUAAGGGAGUAUGUGAAGAGUAAUCGUAACCCCACGGCGGCGCUCAGCUUCGGUGGGACGGUGGUGAAUGUCAAGCCGUCGCCGGUGGUGGCAGCAUUUACCUCCAGAGGGCCCAAUAUGGUGACCCCACAAAUCCUGAAGCCAGAUGUGAUUGGACCUGGAGUCAACAUCCUAGCUGCUUGGUCUGAGGCUGUUGGGCCGACUGGGCUUCAGAAGGAUACGAGGAAAACUCUGUUCAACAUCAUGUCUGGUACAUCAAUGUCAUGCCCACAUAUUAGCGGAUUGGCAGCGCUGCUGAAAGCAGCACAUCCAGAUUGGAGUCCAAGUGCAAUCAAAUCUGCACUCAUGACUACUGCCUAUACUAAGGACAACACCAACUCCCCUCUGCGCGAUGCUGCGGAUGCUACAAUUUCCACCCCAUUCGCUCAUGGGGCUGGUCAUGUCGACCCCCACAAGGCCAUUUCUCCAGGCCUUGUCUAUGACGCUACUCCAGAUGACUACGUUGCCUUCCUUUGCUCCUUGAAUUAUGCCCCGGAGCAAAUACAGAGCAUAGUCAAGCGCCCGAACGUCACCUGUUCCAGGAAAUUUAAAGACCCUGGCCACCUCAACUAUCCAUCAUUCUCUAUCCUAUUUGACAGCACCAGAGUCGUGCGAUAUACCCGCGAACUGACGAAUGUGGGAGCUGCAGCAUCCAUCUACCACUCCACCAUUGAAGCACCUUCAACUGUGGCGGUGGCAGUGAAGCCAUCUAAGCUUGUUUUCAAGAGUGUAGGAGAAAAGCAGCGAUACACGGUCACAUUUGUUUCGAAGAAGGGCGCAAGUCCAAUGACUAAGGAUGCAUUUGGUUCAAUUGCUUGGACCAAUGCUGAACACCAAGUCAGGAGUCCAGUUGCCUUCUCCUGGACACUGUGUCGAGAUGGUUGCGGUGAAUGAUCGAUCGUCUUUAUGAUUUUAUUAACUCAGCCCCAAAAGGGUUAAAUUUAUAAUAUUGCCCUCGCAAGCUCAAGGACAGAAGCUACAAAAUGCCUUCUGAUGCUCAGAAGAUCAUCGGGGCUCUGGAGAAUUUUUAGUAGAGAAAAAAAAACAAAGCAGCGCUGAAAGUUUGUACUUACAAGUUAGUUGGAUCUUGAAAUGAGAGAUAUAUAUAUAUAUAUAUGUAGCCCUGGUAUGCAAGUUUGAUGCUUUCUCUCAA